AUUUGAACGACAUAGCAGCCCUUCGAAAUUCUUCACUGGAAAAAUGAACUCAAAAGCUAUCGUGAAAAAUGUCGACAUGGAUAAACAGAUGGAAAGACAUGCUCUGGAGCUGUGUGCUGACGCAAUGAAACGUUUCGAUUUGGAAAAGGAUAUUGCAAGUCACAUAAAAAAGGAUUUUGAACGAAAGUAUGGUCCAACCUGGCAUUGUAUUGUUGGACGAAGUUAUGGCAGGUGGGUUCGCAACUCAUCCAAUAAAUCAAGGAAGAAAAAUCGCUCAGUUGUAGCACCCUUCCGGUGCCUACCUGUCAUGCCACCCGAAGGUUGCACGAGGGCUGGGAUACUAUCAGGUUGCCCAAGGGGAAGUCGAGAGGUCGAGGUCGGUUUCGAACCAGAGACCUUCCGCUUCGUCACACACGAGCCGGGUUCCUUCAUUUACUUCUUCCUGGACAAAUUUGCAGUUCUGCUAUUCAAGUCCGGUUG